UCCAGGUUGUGUUACUAACUGUCAGCCAUAUUUAUGUCCACCUACCGAUGAGAAGAUUGUAAAAUUUGACAUAUAUCACAAUUAUUUACAAAUACUUAUUUUCAAGAGGUCUGUGUCUAAUUGAAGAACGUAAUGAUGACCACAGGCCCUUAUAAUUAUUCAUAUAUUUUCAAGUACAUCAUCAUAGGAGACAUGGGAGUCGGAAAGUCGUGUCUCUUGCAUCAGUUUACAGAGAAAAAGUUCAUGGCAGACUGUCCACAUACCAUUGGGGUAGAAUUUGGGACCCGAAUAAUUGAGGUUUGUGGACAGAAGAUCAAACUUCAGAUCUGGGAUACCGCUGGCCAGGAACGAUUUCGAGCAGUGACUAGAAGUUAUUACAGGGGGGCUGCAGGAGCACUAAUGGUUUAUGACAUUACCAGAAGAAGCACUUAUAACCACCUGAGCAGCUGGUUAACAGAUGCAAGAAAUUUAACAAAUCCAAAUACAGUAAGCCUGAUGUUUGUUGAAGCUAGUGCAAAGACUGGGGAAAAUGUGGAAGAAGCUUUCCUCGAAACAGCUAAAAAGAUUUAUCAGAAUAUUCAAGAUGGAAGGUUAGUAGCUUUAAUAAUAGUAAAUGAAGAUCGUAUAAUUUUUUUGUUUUAACCAUCUAACAUAAGC